GAUACUGCUUGUCGUCGUUCUUCCGCGCACUUUGUAUUUGCAUGGACAAUUGGAACGACGGAAUACUCGUGUUUCACCCGGACCGGCUGGAUCUCGCUUGUCCUGUUUGGAUUCCUCCUCGGCCGUAGUUGCCUUCUUGAAAUCUGACAUUUUCCCUCACUCCUGGGAAACUAAUUGGGCUUGUGCUUCGCGUCGCCCGGUGUCUGCGAGGUGUGUCCCGGCCGUCUGAUCUUUAGUUUGGAUAUUACUGCGUUCUUGCACCGCGCACAAAUGACUGAGCGAGGACGUAUCAACGGGAGACUUUGUUCUCCGUCGCGCGCCUUCAGGGCGACCGUUGGGUAAAGUUGAGAUGGGAAGGAUGGUCCCUGUGUAAUCGCCCGCGCUCGGGAUUUGCAAUUAUUUAUUAAUUGUCAAAGCGAAGCAUUUGCUAUCUCCUCGUGCGAGGACCAUUAGCAGGAAUUACUUAUUCACGGGAUUUAUUAAAAAAUCAUGAAGACGUUUGUUGUUGAGGGCAGUCGACUGCUCUGUUUGGUGCUGUGUCUUCAGUUAGUGCGGGUGGUGAGCAGCUGCCCAGCGAAAUGCGUGUGCUACAGCGAGCCAAGGCCGACGGUGGCCUGCCAGCAGCAGGGCCUGCUCUCCAUUCCCACCGAGAUCCCCGUUCGCAGCCAGCGGAUUUUCCUGCAGAGCAACAAACUGACUGUGGUGCGUUCCACCAGCUUCAGCUCUGUGCACAACCUCACCGUGCUUUGGAUGUAUUCCAACAACAUCAGCCACAUCGAGGCCGGGGCCUUCUAUGGCCUGGAGAGACUGGAGGAGCUGGACAUCGGCGACAACAGCAAUCUUCGGAUCAUCAGCCCUUCGGCGUUCCGGGGCCUGACCAGACUGCACACUUUGCACCUGCACAGGUGCGGCCUCUCUGAGCUUCCCACUGGGGUGUUCCGUGGCCUCUUCUCACUUCAGUAUCUCUACUUACAAGACAAUAACCUCCUAGCCCUGCACGAUGACACUUUUGUGGAUCUGGCCAACCUCACCUACCUGUUCCUGCACAACAAUAAGAUCAAGGUGGUGACGGACCACAUGCUGCGGGGGCUGACCAACCUGGACCGCCUGCUCCUGCAUCAGAACCGCGUCGUUCAUGUGCAACAGCAUGCCUUCAGUGACCUCGGCAAGCUCACUACCUUGUUCCUCUUUUACAACAACCUCACCAUGCUGAGCGCGGAGGCCAUGGAUCCACUGUUGUCGCUCCAGUACCUGCGGCUCAAUGGGAACCAGUGGAUUUGCGACUGCCGAGCCCGGCCGCUGUGGGACUGGUUCAAACGCUUCAAAGGCUCCAGUUCUGAGCUGGAGUGUCACCUUCCCAUGGCCCUCACAGGGAAGGACCUGAAACGACUUAAAAGCAACGACCUGGAAGGAUGUGUCGACACUAAGACUCGCUCCGGAAAGUUCCACUCCCUCGAUGAUCCCUUAGGAGAGAGCAUUCCAAGGUGCUGUCUUUCAGAUAAUGACAAAUCCUCCAUCAUCUCCAGCAAGUCUCUCCCGGACCCCUCAUCUUACAACAGCCGCCAGAUCACAAACAACCCACAAAAAGAGAAGGAGAACAUAUCCAGGACAAAGGUCCGGGAGGUGGAACGGAUAAAGAAUGAUACCCGCAGCAAGCAAGGAGUAAGUCUCAAUGAUGGGCCAUUGGGAACCCUUUCCAACAACCUCGAUCAGUCCAUGAACAAACUCAACCCUGAACUGUUAGAUGACCUGGAACCUUCUACAGCACCAUCCAAAAAGAAAAAAAAGUGCUCCAAAAAGCCCAAAUCAGAUCAGUCGUGUUUGAAGGGCCAUGGAUCUACAUUUAGAGCACUGGGCCUUCUCUUUUUCCUCAUGUUCUGGUUGUCCUUAAUCAUGUCUUAAUUUAAACAGGACCAAAUUCUUGGAUCAUUUUUGCUCUUGACAAUGGCACACACAAAAAACAGUAACCCACAAAGGCAGGCAAAGACUGUAAAAAGGGGAGUUGAAGGGAGUGAAGCUGAGAAUAAACGAUAAAAUAUGAAGCUAAAGACACACUUAAAGAAAUGGAUGCCUUUACAGAACCCAUAUGAUCUAAUGUAUAUAAGAACUCAGUGCCCAAAUGUUUGUUCUAUGUACUUUUAAAUGUGCUGUGUUUAAGCAACACUGCAGAGAGAGUCCUCCUCCCCUUUACCUGCAAAAGCUUACACUGAUCAGAACGUGACUACUGUAGACAACCCACUGAAAAAAAAAGUAAGAAAAUAAAAAACAAAGUGAUAAACCACGACCAAAUCAGAGAGCCAGAAGCACAGUGAAUGUUGCAGGUAUGAGCUGAAGAUGUGACUUAUGUUCCAAAUAGUUUUUUCUUCACAGAUUGAUACUGUUAUGUUUUUUUAUGAUUAUAAGUAUUUCAGUAAAGACAACUGUUUGAUUUUCCCCAAAACAUGCAGAUUUCUGUUUGCGUCACAUGAUUUAUACAGGUGGCAUCUGUUGAAGGAAUGCUGUCUAAUUGUUCACUGAGAUUGCGAUGGAAUUAUAGAUAUGCAUUUUAUUUUACUGGUGUACAAGCAUAAAUAUAUUACAAAUAAAAUAUCUCAUUUUGUAUA